CUCGACUCUCAGCUGUUCACGGCUACCAAGGUCAGUUAGCGGGAGCGCCAGUUGAAGAAUUCUAGCUGUCGUCUCUUCGCUUUCUGGGCCUUCCUGUCAAUCUCUGAGCCUCCUCCUUUUGGACACCUGCCUGAUUGCAAGGAUGGGCUGCCGGGACUUUUGCGCAUCCUUCUGGGAGAAAGUGAAAGCCAUCUUCAACAACUGCUUGGUUUUCGCCCCGGACAUCUCGUGCAACGGUCUAGUGCUCAAACUACACUACCGAUGCUCAUGUCUGGUCAUGUUCGUCGCAUUUCUCGUCGCUGUCAUUCCAUGGUUCUCCCGUGAUGUUAUAUCCUGCACGUCAUACUUCAACUCCGAAACACAAGUUCGACUCGACUACCUCAACAUCUGCAUCUCGUACCCCUUCGUGGAGAAGGACGGGGAGAGGCGCUACAUCCUCUUCUACAGGUGGAUUUGGUGGUCGCUUGCCUUCUUGGUCGUGGUGUUCUACAUCCCCAGGAUCUUGUGCAGGAUCUUCGACAACGGCCAGUGCAGCAGCCUCCUGAAGGAACUCUCAAUCAAGGCCCGAUGCCACAAGGGGCAAUGGCACGAGCUGGUGGAGACAGCGGCCCAGUACCUACGCGUGAACCUUAACACUCACAACAACCUCUACUGGAAAUUCCUGUCAGUAAAUCUGCUGGCGCUCCUUAUCGACUGCUUCGCCAUAGGGUUCCUGAACAUCGUCCUGCAGGGCCGCUUCAUCCACUACGGGCACCGGGGCUUCCCUUACGAGAGGAACGUCACGAGCUUCACCGACGACUUCUCCCAGACGUUCCCGCCCUUCGUGUCAUGCGAGCUGAGUAGUGAGCACAAACUGAUCAAUAGGCGAGUUGAGAGGUACGGGUGCCACUUGAUCUUUAUGGAGCUGUACAACAAGAUAUUCCUGUUCCUUUGGUACUGGCUCGUGUUCCUCGCCAUCGUCGCCAGCUGCUACCUCGUGUUCCUCUUCGUGCUGUGGCUGCCGUUCGUGCGCGAGCGUUUACUCCGCCCAGCCAAGCCCGCCAUCGCCGAGGAAAAUGUUGGGGUGGUGGUCGCUGGGGCGCUGAGCAAGUGCAUGCUCGGUGACGUGUAUGUCCUCUACAGGAUCAAGAGCCGCGUCAGCCACACCCAGUUCUUGGACCUCUUAAAACGGCUCUCCGAACCUAAUUUCCUCAAGGAUGACGCCGCUUAGAGGCUCUUGCGAACUCCAGAAUCUGCCGAUGAGACAGUCCCGGAUCCCUUCUUCUCGUCUUGUUAUUUGUUAACAUGUUUCUUUGUACGCGAGGAUAUUGCAUAGAGUAAAUUUCGAUAAACGUUUAGAGUAAUGUUUUGAAAGAAUUUGCUUUGACAGCCUGAAAGCGAGAGAAAACUAGAGAGAGAGAGAGAGAGAGAGAGAGAGAGAGAGAGAGAGAGAGAGAGAGAGAGAGAGAGAGAGAGAGAGAGAGAGAGAGAGAGAGAGAGAGAGAGAGAGAGAGAGAGAGAGAGAGAGAGAGAGAGAGAGAGAGAG